UGCGGGGAUCGAAACGGCAUCAUUUUGUUUUAAAGCACUCCAGCUGAUAGCCUCAAUAAAAUCGACUGCAAGCUGCUACCCCUUCUACGAUUCCUUGGCGGAGUCCAAACGGGUUCCGAUCAGUACUCGGUGGCGAUUCAAACACGCUAUCGAACUUUCCGUUGAAGACAAGAGUUUAGAAGUAAACUGUAAACCACCAUGGGUGCCUCCGAGUCUAGUCUUUCAAGUUCGCAGAAACUGACAGAUGAGAUCACUACCGUCACUGAGAGAUCAGAAGCUGUGGAUCCCAUUUUGGAGAGGCUCGAAUCCCUCAAAAUUACAAGGCCAAUAUUAACUUCACCUCGAAAGGAAGAAGGUAGUUUGACUGACAUUUUGGUGAGGAAGGCAUCGGCUUCUUCAGCUCCUGCUGUAAAUCCAAAUGUGUUGUUGGAGCUCUUCUCGAUAUAUCGUGAUUGGCUAGAGGUGAAGGUCCAGCAGAUUAGCAAGAAACAGGAGGAGAUAGGAAAUAAGAUAGAAGUGGCAGAUGUUUUGGCAAUUAAACUUCUUCAAAGGUUUAAUUACUCGGUGUCAGCAAUGAAGACUGCUUCGCAGAAUCUAUCAGAAGUUCAUUCUCUGCAGGUGGAGAUUGGGGAGUUAAAAGGGAGGCUGACUGAGGUGAUUAGUAAUUGUGAUGCAUUGUGCAAUAGAAUUACUACAGAGGGGCCAGAAUCCCUUCGUUCAUCAGUUAAGCCAUUUUCAACUGCCACUGCUGACUCAGAGAUCGGCUCUAGCUCAUCAUCUGUGCAAAGAGUAUGAAAAUCUUAUCCACCUUCAAACGAAGCCAGGUGGCAAAAUGGACAGAUUAGCAAACAGUGUGCUGACGACAACAAGUAUAACGUGCGUGAAAAGGCCAAGCUUUCCCAUUCCAGGAGCAAUGAUAUUCGAAUUGUACGUCGAACCACGGAAGUGUAAUCUUGGCUAGAACCUCGUACGCGUCAACUGCCAAACAGUUCAGAUCCGAGAGCUAUUGUCUGCUUAAACAAACCAGUAUAGAACACUGUAAACUUCAUUAUUGACUGAAACAACGGAGCCUGUAAGUAAUUGCAAGCCAUACGACUUCCUGCAUUUUGUAGGUAAUAAUUGCAAAAAUCUCAGGCUUGGAAAUCCAAUUUCAAUUCA